AGUAGCACCAAAACAAAAGGGUGCAAACUAGAUUUGUUUCCAUGAUUGACCCAAUUCUCAAAGUUUGAAAAUCCACAUUUUGACCAAUCACUUUCACUUUAUUCCCUCCCUGUAUCAAAUCAAAAUCACUCUACUCUUUUUAGGUCUCGAAUCUCCAUUAAUUUCAACCUCCAAUUUCAAUCAUUCAACUAACUUAUUCUCAAACUUCAACCAUUCUUUCCUUCACUCGAAGGCCACACAACACAUCUCCCUUAGUUCCACGGUUUAGGUGAAUCACGGAACCAUGUUUACUAGUUUCGUACCUUUUCGAGGCAUGAAAUCAAAAAUCGUUCCUUACUAUAUGAACGGAAAUCCAUCGAGCCUUUUUUGUAUAUUACCAAGAGACGAUUCUUCGCGGUUUUACCCUCCUGGAACUGCACCUGUUUACCUUAACGUGUACGACAUUUCCACCAUCAACGGUUGUAUAUCUUGGACCGGCCUCGGUGCAUUUCACACCGGUUUAGAAGUUCAUGGUGUGGAGUACGGUUUCGGAUGUCAUCAAGAAUCAGAAAGCGGUGUUUUUGAAAUCGAGCCUCGAAAGUGCCCCGGGUUCAAGUUUAGGGAGUCGAUUUUUAUGGGCACGACGAAAUUAACCCCGAGUCAAGUUCAAAGAUUCAUUGAGUUACAAUCUAAUAACUACUAUGGUGACACAUAUCAUCUAUUCGGGAAGAAUUGCAACCAUUUUUGUGAAGAUAUGUGUUACCAGUUAACAGGGAACAAAAUCCCCAAAUGGGUCAAUCGGCUAGCCCGAAUAGGUUCGUGUUGUCGUUGCAUUCUUCCAAAGGCUAUCAAGGGUUCUUCUGCUGUUAGAGAUGAAUCAAACUCUCAAGAGAAUGAAAAGAGGAGUUUAACAAGUUCGUUUAGUUGUUUCACAUCGUUUUCGACGCAUAAUAAGUUGAGGAAAGUGUCAAUAUCCUCAUUGUAUAAACAUUCACUCUACAAAGGAUGUUUACCUCCAUGGGAAUUGCAAGUAGACUCACAAAGAGUUAGUGACAAUGAGUAAAGUGGUUUCAUCGUGUUCUUGAUGGUUUCAGGAUGAGCGGUUUCGUUUAUUUGAUGGUUUGUGGUUAGAGGUUGAAGAUUUUGAACAAUUGGUUGGCAGAUUGUGUUCAAAUGUUUUCUCAAAUUAUCAUGUUUGGGAAAGAAUGUAAAAACUUUUGUUGGCAUCUUUAAUAGUAGAAAAUGUACAAAGAGUUUGGAUGCUUUAUUGUAAUUGUAUGAGGUUUUUGAGUGAGUUAAUCUCUCUUUUCGUCU